AUGUUCAGCCCGGACAGCUUGCAUAUCAUCAAGCAUGACCUUCAGACCGGAGUUGCCUCAGAUGGCAACGUGACUGGAAGUCGUGGUCAUAAGAUUGUCAUCAGAGGUGCUUCAGGGCAAGAAUGUUGGCAAACCGCGCGGUCUCAAAUUCUCUACAAGUUUCUGGCUGCAGGACAGUGCAAACUUGUGGAUCGCAUUGAUUUAUCGGAUGUGAAAGUCAGCAGCUGGCUGGGAAAACAAAUGGAACAAAUGACCAUGCGUCAGGACUGCGCAUACAAAGGGGUGCCAUUGAACCGUAUGGCACCACAGCGUGGCUUGCGAAUUGAAGAACUUGCAUUGGAGGUGGAUCGAAUUCUCCAUCCAGAUUGUGCGGGUGCUCGUGAUGAAGACCUUUUUGAUGAACUGUGGCUUGCAAUCUACAGCCCCUUUGGCAUUCAUUUUCUACAGCAUCCUGGUGGCAAGGACCCCUACAUCAGAGGCUUGUCCUACGCCUUGGUGCAUGGAAUGUACAUCAAGCUCCUGCUUUGGCCGGUCUUCUUGUGCUACGACUACUCCAUGGAUGCUGUGCCACUGGUGGAAUCUUUGCAGGACGCGAGACUGCUGCUGCCCUGCGCAGCAUACCUGGGCUUCGUGUUGUGCGGAUGUCACACGCUGCAACGCCUGACCGUGCGCGGCGCGCACAGCGCGAAGGGCGCCGUGCUGGGCCUGGCGAUCUUCGUCUUGAGCUUUUUGCCCAUGACGAACCUGCUCUUCCCCAUCGGCACCUUAGUGGCUGAGCGGCUGCUGUAUUUGCCCUCCAUCGGUUUUCUGGUCGUCCUUGUGUGCUUCGCCUACGACUGGGCUCGAGGUCCUGUCCGCUGGUUGGCUUUCCUGUUGGCCGGCAUGCUGCUCGCGUGGUGGUGGUGGCUAUGCCACGCACGGGUCGGGGAUUGGAGGACUGUGGAGCAGAUCACUCUGGUGGACGGCUUGAAGCAACUGAGGUCCUCCAGGACGCAGUUCAACCUGGCCAACCUCUAUUUGCAGUCGCAACGUAUGGACGAGGCCUUAGCCGCCUAUCGCCGCGCGGUGGCCGCAGAUCCGCAGGAGCGCGAUUCGCAGCCGCUCUACCAUGCGGGGCAAAUCCUGAUGUACAAAGGGCACUACCAGGAGGCGGAGACCCUUCUCCACAAGGCGGUCACCGGCUACUUCAGCCCGCUGACCUUGCACGAGGAGGAGGUCUGGCACGACUAUGCGUUGGCCUUGUGGCACGUGGGGAAGCACAUGGAAGCGGCGGAGAACUUCCAGAACGCCAUCAUCACGAACCCCAGCUUUCCCAAAGGGCAUAACAACCUGGCAUGUGCACUGGUCCUUUUGGGGCUCUCCAGCCAACCGGUGAACAUGCCACUGGUGCAACAAGGGCUUCAAGCCGCAGAACACGCGAUCACCUUGGCUCCUCUGGUGCCGCUCUACUGGCGCAACGCCGCGGUGCUCCUGUCGCUCGCCGGCGACCUCGCCGCGGCACAGGGCGCCUGGGAGCGCUUCCGGCAGAUGGAUGCGCCCACAGCGGCGCGGGAGGAGGUGCAGGGCAUACCCCGAGAUUGCACCUGGGAGUUCUAUUUCCGCUGA